AUGGCUGCCGAUAGAAAUCUAACAUCAAAUGCUCCUCGUUUUAAUAUAAAUACUCCUGAUUAUGAUGAUGCGCCACAAGAUGAUAUCAGCAGGAACCCAUUUGCCGAUGAUGGAGAACUCUCAUCACAUUCAUCUGCGUCUCCAAAUCAAGGAUACGAUUUUCAACAACCACAACUGCAAAGAGUCGCUAAUGCCAACCUAGAAUCAUAUGGAAACACGUUCCUGUCACAUGGGGGAUACUACACUAAUGGCGGAAGUUCCAACCUACUCAUGAAUGAAUCAUCGUCAGAUGAAUCUAGAGUAUUGAAUAGAGAUUAUGACCGAUUAAACCCUUCAAGUCCAGCUGAGUUUGAUAGAUAUCCUUCGAUGGCUGGAUCAAGAGUUGUUUCUUCAGCAUCAUUAGCAACGCAAAUGUAUCAGGAAAAGGACAAAAGUGGAACAAACAACUAUCACAUCUCUCAAUCGUCGUCAUCGAAUUCAUUAAACGAUUCAGAUUCACAAAGCUCAAGUCCUUAUCCAAAUGACUUUUCCCCAUUUGGUGGAUACCCAGCCACAUCAUUCCCCUUGAGUAUUGAGGACAAAGAACCAGAUGAUUACUUGCACAACCCGGAUCCAGUUGUCGAUGCAGAAUACGAAAAGAAUAGGUUCCUCUAUGACCUAAAACACAUGGAUAAGCGGUCCCUUGGAGGAUUAUUAGGAUUAAUCGCAUUAGCAAUCAUUGCUCUUGUCGUUUUUGUUUUGUUGCCAGUAUUGACAUAUUCUGGUGCAACGCAACACUAUCGUCCAGAAUCAUAUGAAAUUUUGACUCACUAUGAAUAUCCAAUGUUGAGUGCUAUACGUCAAGACUUGGUUGAUCCAGAUACUCCAGAAGAUGCAUUAACAUUGGAAUCAAAAAGUGGUGAUAAAUGGAAAUUGGUUUUUUCAGAUGAAUUCAAUGCAGAAGGAAGAACUUUUUACGACGAUGAUGAUCAAUUCUUUGUUGCGCCUGAUAUUCACUACGAUGCCACUAAAGAUCUUGAAUGGUAUGAUCCUGAUGCCGUCACUACUGCCAAUGGUACCUUGGUUUUACGUAUGGAUGCAUUUAAAAACCAUGAUCUCUUUUAUCGUUCCGGAAUGGUUCAAUCAUGGAACAAAAUGUGCUUUACUCAGGGAAGAAUUGAAGUCUCAGCAAGAUUACCAAAUUAUGGUACCGUUUCUGGUUUGUGGCCUGGUUUGUGGACCAUGGGUAACCUUGGUCGUCCUGGAUAUUUAGGUUCAACUGAAGGUGUGUGGCCAUACUCUUACGACUCAUGUGAUGCUGGUAUCACACCAAAUCAAUCAUCACCCGACGGUAUUUCCUACCUCCCAGGACAACGAUUGAAUAAAUGUACAUGCUCUGGGGAAUCCCAUCCCAACCCUGGUGUAGGAAGAGGGGCCCCCGAAAUUGAUAUCAUUGAAGGAGAAAUCAUGACAACCACGGAUUCAGGUAAACAGAAUAAUGGUGUUGCGUCACAAUCGCUUCAACUUGCACCAAUGGACAUCUGGUAUAUGCCAGAUUACGAUUUUAUUGAAAUCUACAACUACUCCGUAACCACCAUGAACACUUAUGCUGGGGGGCCCUUCCAGCAGGCAUUUUCUGCUACUACCACGUUGAAUAUAACCUGGUACGAGCGUGGAGAUGGGCUCGAGCACCAAUACCAAAGGUUUGGGUUCGAGUAUUUAAACGAUGACAGUGAUGGUUACUUGAGGUGGUAUGUUGGAAGAGAUCCAACGCUUACAGUUUAUUCCACUGCGUUACAUCCUAAUGGAAACAUUGGUUGGAGACCUCUAUCGAAGGAGCCAAUGUCGAUGGUUCUCAAUCUUGGUAUCUCAAAUAAUUGGGCUUAUAUUGACUGGAAUUCGAUACAUUUUCCAGUGUCCUUCCACAUCGAUUAUGUCAGGAUAUACCAGCCAGAGGAUCAAAUCAAUAUCGGCUGCGAUCCAGAAGACUAUCCAACUUACGACUACAUUCAAGAACAUUUGAAUAUUUAUACAAAUCCAAAUAUUACUUCUUUUGAAGAUGGUGGCUAUUCAUUCCCAAAGAAUAGUUUGAUUGGUUGUUAG